AUGGCUGCUCAGAAAGUUCUGUGGGAUGCCAUCGUGAUUGGGGCAGGCAUCCAGGGCUGCUUCACUGCCUACCACCUGGCCAAAAACAGGAAGAAGGUCCUCCUGCUGGAGCAGUUCUUUCUACCGCAUUCCCGAGGAAGCUCCCAUGGACAGAGCCGGAUAAUCCGAAAGGCAUACUCUGAGGAAUUCUACACCCAGAUGAUGGACGAGUGCUACCAGAUAUGGGCCCAGCUGGAGCAUGAGGCUGGAACCCAGUUGCACAGGCAGACUGGACUACUGGUGCUGGGAAUGAAGGAGAAUCCAGAAUUAAAGACAACCCAGGCCACUCUGUCUAGGCAUGGGUUGGAACACAAGUGUCUUUCAUCUGAGGAACUGAAGCAAUAUUUCCCAAAUAUUCAGUUGACCAGAGGAGAAGUGGGGCUCUUGGACAAGUGUGGAGGCAUUCUCUACGCAGACAAGGCCCUCAGAGCCCUCCAGGACGCAGUUCGACAGCUAGGAGGCAGACUGCACGACGGAGAGAAGGUGAUGGGGAUAAAACCAGGGCAACCGGUCGUGGUGGACACCACUGCCAGGAGCUACCAAGCCAAGAGCCUGAUCAUCACAGCAGGUCCUUGGACCAACAAGCUCCUCCAUCCCCUGGGAAUUGAGCUGCCUCUCCAGACCCUGCGGAUCAAUGUGUGUUACUGGCGAGAGAAGGUUCCUGGGAGCUAUGGUGUGUCCCAGGCCUUUCCGUGCUUCCUGGGCCUGGGCCUGGCUCCCCACCAUGUCUAUGGGCUGCCCGCAGGAGAGUAUCCUGGGCUGAUGAAGGUCUGCUGUCACUACGGCAACAACGCAGACCCCGAGGAGAGGGACUGCCCCACAGCAUUUUCAGACAUGCAGGAUGUCCAAAUCCUGUGCCGCUUUGUCAGCAAUCACUUACCUGGCCUGAAACCCGAGCCUGCCAUCAUGGAGCGCUGCAUGUACACGAGCACCCCCGAUGAGCACUUCAUUCUCGACCACCACCCAAAGUACGACAACAUCGUCAUUGGUGCUGGAUUCUCUGGGCAUGGAUUCAAGCUGGCUCCUGUUGUGGGGAAGAUCCUGUAUGAAUUAAGCAUGAAAUUAACUCCAUCUUAUGAUUUGGCACCGUUUCGAAUCAGUCGCUUCCUUGGCCUGGGCAAAGCCCACCUUUGA